CUUUGCCACAGAAGAACAUGUUGUAUAGAUAACCUUAAUUACCACUGAGACGUUGAAAGUUCCCACUGCUGGCUACACAGCUGCUAAAUAGUUAAUAGGCUGAAUCAGUACACCCAGCGUCCAUUUCUUUUGGCCAGAAAAUGUCACAAAGAUUUAUAUGUUGUGCUGAUACAUGGUUAUUUGUGACAAUACAACAUAAGAGGACAGAUGUCUGCAUUUGAUUCAACCUUGGGCUCAAGCACCAGCCUUCAUCAGAUAUGACUGAACUGCAGAUUAAAUGAUGUGAACUCCUUUGUGAGCUGUGUGUGUGUGUGUGUGUGUGUGUGUGUGUGUGUGUGUGUGUGUGUGUGUGUGUGUGUGUGUCGCCUUUUCAGUGAAAAACAAAGUGUGCAACACACCUCUUGAGUUUGUGAAGUGCCAUGCCACUCAACUGGAGUGUGAUUCAGUUUUAAUGAGAUGGAGGUGAAUGAGGAGCUGGCCAGCCUUCAUGGAGGGAAACAACAACAACAAAAAGUUGAUGCUCAUUUCUUCUUUUAUCAUCUUUCUAAAUUUAGCUGGAGAGAGGCAGCGCCUUGUGUGGUCUAUUUGUAAUUGUGAUUUUUUUUUCAGGGUUAUCAUUAAAAGUUAGACUGACACCGCAGCUCCACAGGGAAUGGGAAUGGAUGAGUCACACAGAGCUGUGAGAAGUUUGGGAACAGGAUUUGGGAUUUUUGAUUAUUGCACCUUCGUCAUUGUUUUUACUCUUUAUACUCCUGCAUACUAAACAGCGCGUAUUAUUCUUCUGUACGUUGGGUCUCGUCGCUCUUUUUUUUUGCGGCGCUGUAGCUCACUUCCCUGCCUUGCAAACAAACGCCGUAUGAAGCGCCGUCAGGUUUCUGAAAGGCGAGAGAACAGCCGUCGACUCGCUGCUCUCAUUAUAGCUGUGGAGCAGCACAGAGAGAGUGGCUGCGUGCGUGCGUGCGUGCGUUUGUGCGUGAUCCGACGGUGCCACAGCAGGAUUUCUCCACAGCUCUUGUUUUGAAGUAGAUUUAAUCAACUUUUCGAAGAGACUCGUUAUGAAUAGGAGAUGUAAAAUGCAAAGAAAUGUGCAUUUGAUUUAGAUUCACUUCCCUCCCGCUCCUGCUGGCGGUAACAUAUAGAGAAUCCUUGGGAACAGCGUUGCUGCCGACGCUUGCGGACGCACGAGCGCUCGGGCGGGGAGGCUCGUAGUAUUGCCCAGGUCUGUUAGGGCUCGUGCGCAAGGUGGCUGGCGGGCACAAGUUGGAGAGCACACGAGAGGAGUUUUGUCAGACUUGCCAGCGUGAACGACACUUCAGAACCAAGGACAGAUCCAAAAACCGCUGCCUGGCAAGAACAACAACAAAAAAAACCAUGCUCAAAGUGAACAACAUCUGGACUCUGCUCGUCACAUGAAGCUCUCCUCACGUUGUCUGUGUAUUGUCGCGCCGCUUGUGGAAAACGGACCUGCAGUUAUACCCGGUGAGAUACCCACAUCUUGAGCUACAACCAGGAAAUAUCAAACAUGCUGCACUCCCUGAGAGAGGACUUGAAAGUAAUCUGCCUCCAGACUCUGUGAGCCUCUGCUCCUCUCUACUUCAACCAGCUGAACCCUGCUACCUGGUCCUGCCAUGCUGAGCGUCGUGCCCUGCCCCAGGUCGUUGGCCAAUUCUGCCCAUUACUGGCCUCUCCACGUGCUCCUGCUGGAGCUGCUGAUACCAGGAGUCCUACCCAGCAUCUCCAGAUUACCCCCCGCGGCCAAACGCGAAAUCAUCAUGGACGGGGACCUGGUGAUCGGAGGUCUGUUCCCUGUGCACCAAAAAGGCGACGGGGUGGAGGACUGCGGUAAGAUCAAUGAGGAGAGGGGGAUCCAGAGGCUGGAGGCCAUGCUGCUGGCGCUCGAUGAGAUUAACGCCAGCGACCGCAUCCUCCCAGGACUCCAGCUGGGGGCCCACAUCCUGGACACUUGCUCGAAGGACACCUACGCCCUGGAGCAGUCUCUAGAUUUCGUCAGGGCCUCCCUCACCAAGGUGCACGAUCCAGGAUUCAUCUGCCCAGAUGGCUCCAGGCCGAUCCAAAACGAGGUUCCACUGGCCAUCUCUGGGGUCAUCGGAGGAUCUUACAGUGACGUCUCCAUUCAGGUCGCCAAUCUUCUGCGACUGUUCCAGAUCCCGCAGAUCAGUUAUGCCUCCACCAGUGCAAAGCUCAGUGACAAAACCCGCUACGACUACUUCGCCCGCACCGUGCCCCCUGACUUCUACCAGGCCAAGGCCAUGGUUGAGAUCCUACGUUACUUCAACUGGACCUAUGUAUCAACAGUAGCGUCAGAGGGUGACUAUGGUGAGACCGGCAUCGAUGCCUUCCAGCAGGAGGCCCGCACGCGCCAGAUCUGCAUCGCCACUUCGGCCAAGGUGAGCCGCUCUAUGAACCGUCAGGGCUAUGAGAAUGUGAUCCGAUCCCUGCAGCAGAAGUCCAACGCCAAGGUAGUCAUCCUGUUCACCCGCAGCGAAGAUGCUCGCGAGCUGCUGGUGGCCGCCGCUCGCAUGAAUGUCACCUUCACCUGGGUGGCCAGUGAUGGAUGGGGGGCACAGGAGAGUGUGGUGAGGGGCAGCGAGACCGCCGCAGAUGGUGCUUUCACCAUUGAACUUGCCUCCUACCCAAUCAGAGAGUUUGAAGACUACUUCACUAAGCUGAACCCGUACACCAACACAAGGAACCCAUGGUUUAAAGAGUUCUGGGAGCACCACUUUGGCUGCAACCUCCAGGAGCAUGGCUGCAGUGAACACAGCCUGCGAGAUGGAACUUUUGAGCAGGAGUCCAAGAUUAUGUUCGUGGUAAACGCAGUCUAUGCCAUGGCCUACGCUCUGCACAACAUGAGGCAAGCCGUAUGCUCCAACACAUCCAAGGUCUGUGAUGCCAUGAAACCAGGUAACGGCAAAAGGUUCUACAAGGAGUUCAUCCUGAAGACAAAGUUUGAAGCUCCAUUCAGACCUGCAGACACAGAGAACAUGGUGCGCUUCAACUCUGUCGGCGACAGCAUCAGCCGCUACAACAUCUUUCAUUACCACAAAGAGGAGGGUAAGUUCAUCUACAGGAAGGUCGGCUACUGGGACCAGAACCUGACCCUGAACACCACUCUAGUUCCCUGGCGUGGCCUCGCACCACCCACCUCCCAGUGCAGUGACCCCUGCAGGAAGAAUGAAGUGAAGAGUAUGCAGCCUGGGGAUGUGUGCUGCUGGAUCUGCAUCCCCUGUCAGCCCUACCAGUAUCUGCAGGAUGAGUUCACCUGUGCUGACUGCAGCUUCGGUCAGUGGCCUCUGGCUAACUUGACAGGCUGCUAUGAUCUGCCUGAAGAGUACAUCCGCUGGGAGGAUGCCUGGGCCAUUGGGCCUGUCACCAUCUCCUGCCUUGGUAUACUGUGUACUCUAUCAGUAGUAGGCCUGUUCUUCAAGCACAAUGAGACACCGGUGGUUAAAGCAAGUGGACGUGAACUCUCCUACAUCCUCUUGCUGGGAGUCCUGAUGUGCUACAGCAUGACCUUCAUCUACAUUGCCAAACCCUCCACUGCUGUUUGCACUCUACGUCGACUAGGCCUGGGCACCUCAUUCGCGGUGUGUUACUCUGCCCUUCUAACCAAGACCAACCGCAUCGCCCGUAUCUUCAGUGGAGUGAAGGAUGGAGCCCAGCGGCCACGCUUCAUCAGCCCCGCCUCCCAGGUAGCAAUCUGCGGCGCUCUUAUCUCCUGCCAGCUGCUUGUGGCCAUUAUCUGGCUGCUGGUGGAGGUGCCAGGGGUUCGGAAGGAGGUAAGCCCGGAGAGGAGAGACGUGGUCACCCUCAAGUGCAACAGCAGGGACACCAGCAUGCUCAUGUCACUCACCUACAACUGCAUCCUCAUCGUCCUCUGCACUGUCUACGCCUUCAAGACGCGAAAAUGCCCCGAAAACUUCAAUGAGGCCAAGUUCAUCGGGUUCACCAUGUACACCACCUGCAUCAUCUGGCUCGCUUUCCAGCCCAUCUUCUAUGUCACUGCCAGCGACUACAGGGUGCAGACCACUACCAUGUGCAUUUCCGUCAGUCUGAGUGGUUCAGUGGUUCUCGGCUGCCUCUUUGCCCCCAAGAUCCACAUCAUCCUGUUCCAGCCCCAGAAAAAUGUGGCCACGCUUAGAGUCACAGCCAACCGUUUCAGUGCCACAGUGUCUGCUUCUGCCUCUGCUCCCAGCUCCAGCUACUCUAAAGGAUCUGCCUCUAACUACGUGCCAGCAGUUUGCAACGGCCGAGAGGUGGUGGACUCUACAACAUCCUCUUUGUGAAAAAGGUUUCUCUCUAAGCACUGAAGACCAUCCCCACCAUCAGUCACCACCGUCAUCAAACAGGGCUGUGUGUAUGACGGUGCUCCCAUGCCAUCCAACAUGCUGCGGAGAGAUAACUCUGUCUGGGUAGAAUGACUGACAAUGGCCAGGGUAACUCUAACUGUGAAAGCUAAAUGAUGUUCCUACAGCGAGCAGUAUGUAUCAAAUGUAAAGCCUUUUUGUAUAGAUUUAAUAUGCUGUGAUCUCUUUGGUUUACGGAUAGAUGUGAUUAAAUGCACCGUGCCUUGUCCUAAAGAGUCUUGUUGUCAAAUGGGUGGUUGUGAAGCAAUAGUGUUACCACAAAACAAAAGGCUGUUCUUAUCUUGUCCUUAGAGUGCUGUGAAUCUAUCCAAAUGUUUUAGACUGACAAAAAAAAUGCUAUGAAACAAAUUUAGCCCUUUCUUUUAAUCAAAAUAUGUGACUAACCAUAGUGAACGUGAUAAAAACUAGGCAACUAGACAAUAUAAAGGACAUGUGUUAAUGUAGACUGGUGUAACAGUGUGUGUGUUCUUGUAAUUUAUGUAAAUAAAAUGUUUGUUUUUUUUAAUAUUAAAAGAACAUCACAGUG